AUGUCCAUGCUUUCAUCUACAAUUGAUACAUUGAUAAGUGAAGCUGGUGGUAUGGUUGAACAAAUACUUCCUUUAUCCAAUAAUUCUAGCAAGUUAAAUGGGAGUCGGGGUUCUUUAUCAAGCACAGCUGAAGAAAUGACACCAAGUGCAAGUAUUGAAGAACUUUGUACUGCAGUUGACGAAUUACCUGUGGAAACAUCCCUUAUUGAAAUUGACGUUAAUUCAAUUGGUUCAGAUAUUAAUACCAUCCACCGUUCUAAUGAAUCUGGUCCUCCUCUUUUUGAAAGAACUGUUUUGCAAUAUCAUGAUAUUCAAGUAAAUAUCCCCGAAUCACGAGUUAGUUUAACUGCUACAGAAGUUGAUACUGAACCUUCGUUGAGCCAUUCGUCAACUGGUGUACUUGAAUCUUCUGCCAUCAAACCUCAAAAAAUGCCUUCACCUAAGAGAGAUUCCGUUCAUAAUGUAUACGAUAUUGAAGAACUCAUCCACGAACGAGAACUUCAAGAGGAAGAAGGUGGUGCUGCCGUUGCUGCUGCUGUUGCUGCUCCAGGUACUCCGGAAAAGAAAAUUAAUCCAGUUAGUCAAACUUUAAAGAUGAAUGCGCCGAUUAAAAAGUUCAAACUAAGUAAUGCUGCAAAUGGAUAUGGCGAUAUUGAUGAGGCUCCGCUCAUUAUUAAUAGCCCUAUUGCUAGUGAAACCAAAUUGCCAAGUAAUAAUGCCUGGGUAUUGCAUGAUUAUGAACAUUUAUUUGGCUCUAAGAAUUUCCAAAGAGAAAUCGAUUUAGCUAAAUCAUUAAGAUUUCAUUGA